AUGCCCAAACUCGUAGAAGAGCGGAUGAAAGAUUGCAUCGUGCUUCCCGGCCUCCAGGGGGUUCUUGUGCAGUUCUUGUUGUUCUGCUGCUGCGUCGGCACACUCGUCGUGAAGAAGGUCCGAGAGGGGCCGCGACGGACCUGGUUCCAGUUUGGCUUGGAUUCCUCGAAGCAGUUCUUGGGUGCAGGAUGGAUUCAUGUGAUGAACCUUUUGUGCGCCACCAUCAUGGGCACCCACAUGAGUGAAGGAGAUGAGUGCGAGUGGUACUGGCUGAACAUCAUGCUGGACACCACCCUCGGGGUCUGGGUGGAGUACAUGUUACUCCGGAUCUUGACCGAAGCAUUGGACAUGCUGCUCGGAGAGGGUGGGCAGGACUUCCGCAGUGGAAACUAUUGGCGAAAUGGAGAGUUUCAGGUGAUCAUGUACGUGAAGCAACUCAUCGUGUGGCUUUCAAUCGUGAGUUUCAUGAAGCUAGCUAUGGUUGUGUUGAUGGUCCUGCUGGCCAAGCCACUGACGAUGGCAGCGCGGACGGUGCUAAAUCCUUUCCUGGAAAAGCCUAUGAUGAAACUCCUUGUCGUGAUGAUCGCGACUCCGAUGGUCAUGAACGCCUUCCAGUUCUGGGUUACGGACAACUUCAUCAAGAAGAGCGAUUCUUCGGAAGAUCCAGGAUCGAUCUCUGCUCCCAUGUUGGGAGCAACAGGAGUAUCGACUGCCGGGCGUACCAGCCAGGCUUCCAGUAACGAGCUGGAGCGGCUGCAGCGAGGCGAGGUCAGCGGCGAGGUAGAGGCCGGGGUCGGUAGCACAACACCUUCCUCUGGGCCGACGGCUUCAGCUGGCAUUGGCAAGCCGACUUAA